UGAAUAGGCCGAACGUAGGAAAGAGCCCAUCUUCUUCCUCCUCUCCCUCUCCUUCGUCAUCGUACUUUCUCUUCAGUUAAAAAGCGGUACAAACUCGUAUAUGGGUUUUCCUUUUCAAUUCCAAUUAAUCCAAUACUUCUAUCUCUAUGUUGAAUUCAACGAGAUACUAAUUAAAUCAACUAUAAAUUUGAUAAUGGAUUCCUGCUCAUAGAUCUCUGUCUGAUUCAUUUUUGGAUCUGUUCGUGUUCGUAUCCUAUCGAAUUGGGACUUAACUAGAUCCGAAGAAGAAGUAGGUAGAAGUAGAAGCAGAAGCGGGGGGAAAUGGACAAUGGGGAUAUCGAGAGCGUGGAUGAAGAAUUCCCGGGUCGGAUAGGCGGACGCAAGUACCGGCCCGUUGUGGCCAACGAUCGCGUCGUGCUCGAGAUGUCCUCCAUGGAUCCUGGAUCUUCCUCCCCCGCCUCUGACACCUUCUCUGAUCGCCAAGCUUCCCUCAAAAAAAUCAAAGCAGGGACUGAGGCAACCAUGAAUACAGAUUUGAAAGAAGGGUCUUUGCCGACACAUGGGCAAGCCAAUGGACCCCAGGGAGAGUCAAAACUAGAAUUGUUUGGUUUUGAUUCUCUUGUCAAUAUCCUCGGUCUUCGGAGUAUGACAGGGGAGCCAAUUCCAGCACCCUCAAGUCCUAGAGAUGGUGAGGAUGUCGCUAUUACCAAUGGGCAGCCAAAGCGUGCUGAUCUCAAACUGGGUACCCUGAUGGGUGUAUUUGUCCCCUGCUUGCAGAACAUACUGGGAAUUAUCUACUACAUCCGAUUUUCAUGGAUCGUUGGUAUGGCUGGCAUAGGCGAGUCACUGUUGCUGGUAUCUUUCUGUGGUUUGUGCACUUUUCUGACUGGAAUAUCACUGAGUGCUAUUGCCACUAAUGGGGCAAUGAAGGGUGGGGGACCUUACUAUCUCAUUGGUCGUGCCCUUGGUCCAGAAGUUGGAGUUAGCAUUGGACUAUGUUUUUUCCUUGGCAAUGCAGUUGCUGGAGCUCUGUAUGUGUUGGGAGCUGUUGAAACCUUUCUGAAAGCUGUGCCUGCUGCUGGGAUUUUUAGAGAAACCAUCACAAACGUUAAUGUCACAGCAAUUGAGCGAGUAGAAAGUCCAAGUUCACACGAUCUGCAAAUUUAUGGGAUUGUUGUGACUAUCAUCCUAUGCUUUAUUGUAUUUGGUGGUGUGAAAAUCAUCAAUCGGGUUGCACCUGCUUUCCUUAUACCUGUUCUGUUCUCGCUGUUCUGCAUAUUCAUUGGGAUCUUUUUGGCAAGGAAGGAUAAACCUGCGAUUGGAGUCACGGGCUUGAGUUUGGAAACUUUCAAAGAAAAUUGGAGUCCAGGUUAUCAGAAUACUAAUGAUGCUGGUGUUCCUGAUCCUGAAGGAAGUGUAUACUGGAAUUUCCAUGGAUUGGUCGGUCUUUUCUUCCCUGCUGUAACGGGAAUUAUGGCAGGUUCAAAUCGAUCAGCUUCACUGAAAGAUACGCAGCGUUCAAUUCCCAUUGGGACAUUGGCUGCAACUUUAACAACUACUGCAAUGUAUCUAGUUUCUGUGUUGUUAUUUGGAGCCCUUGCAACCAGAAAGAAGCUAUUGGCGGACAGGCUACUUACAGCAACAGUUGCUUGGCCUUUUCCGGCCAUCAUUUACAUUGGAAUCAUUCUUUCAACAUUAGGAGCUGCUCUUCAGAGCCUGACAGGUGCCCCGCGCCUUCUUGCAGCAAUAGCCAAUGAUGAAAUCCUUCCUAUUCUUAAUUACUUCAAGGUUGCAGAUGGCAGUGAGCCUCACAUUGCUACCCUCUUUACUGCGUUCAUCUGUAUUGGGUGUGUCGUAAUUGGGAACCUGGAUCUUAUCACACCAACUGUCACUAUGUUUUUUCUUCUGUGUUAUGCGGGUGUGAACUUAUCUUGCUUCCUUCUGGAUCUUCUAGAUGCUCCCAGCUGGCGUCCUCGGUGGAAAUUUCACCACUGGAGCCUCUCUCUUCUUGGAGCAUCACUUUGUAUAGUGAUAAUGUUCUUAAUCUCAUGGUCAUUUACCAUAGUGGCUCUAGCCCUUGCAAGCCUAAUAUAUUAUUAUGUGAGCAUUAAAGGAAAGGCUGGGGACUGGGGUGAUGGUUUCAAGAGUGCAUAUUUCCAGCUAGCUCUUCGCAGUCUUCGAUCACUAGGAGCGAGCCAAGUGCACCCAAAGAAUUGGUAUCCUAUCCCCCUGGUGUUCUGCAGGCCUUGGGGGAAACUGCCAGAAAAUGUACCUUGCCAUCCAAAACUUGCUGACUUUGCAAACUGCAUGAAGAAAAAGGGACGGGGAAUGUCUAUCUUUUUCUCCAUUCUAGAUGGAGACUAUCAUGAACUUGCCGAAGAUGCCAAGGCUGCCUGCAAGCAGCUAGGUACCUACAUCGACUACAAGCGUUGUGAAGGUGUAGCUGAGAUAGUUGUAGCACCUAGUAUGUCUGAGGGCUUCCGUGGUAUUGUCCAAACCAUGGGCCUCGGCAAUCUCAAACCAAACAUUGUGGUGAUGCGGUACCCUGAAAUAUGGCGUCGUGAAAACUUAACUGAAAUACCUGCUACCUUUGUUGGAAUAAUAAAUGACUGCAUUGUUGCAAACAAGGCAGUUGUUAUUGUUAAAGGUCUUGAUGAAUGGCCCAAUGAAUAUCAGAGACAAUAUGGUACAAUAGAUUUGUAUUGGAUUGUUAGAGACGGUGGUCUCAUGCUUCUCCUCUCUCAGCUCCUUCUUACCAAGGAGAGCUUUGAGAGUUGUAAGAUUCAAGUCUUUUGCAUAGCAGAGGAGGAUUCUGAUGCAGAGGGGCUCAAGACUGAUGUGAAGAAGUUUCUGUAUGAUCUUCGGAUGCAAGCUGAAGUGAUUGUUAUAACAAUGAAAUCAUGGGAUCGACAAGUAGAGGGUGGCUCUCAGCAAGAUGAAUCAUUGGAGGCAUUUACAGGUGCACAGCACCGGAUUGCUAGAUACUUAACAGAGAUGAAGGCAGCAGCUGAGAGAGAAAGAACGCCACUGAUGGCUGAUGGAAAGCCGGUUGUUGUGAAUGAGCAGCAGGUGGAAAAGUUUCUUUACACGACUCUGAAGCUGAAUUCAACAAUACUGAGAUACUCGAGAAUGGCUGCAGUUGUGCUUGUGAGCUUACCACCACCUCCAGUGAACCACCCAGCAUAUUUCUACAUGGAGUACAUGGAUUUGUUGGUGGAGAAUGUCCCCAGGCUUUUGAUGGUAAGAGGAUACCGUAGAGAUGUUGUAACUCUAUUCACGUAAGUGGAAUGCAUUUCUAUUUCUUUUGCCCGUCUUUCUUGCUAAAAGCGGCAUUUGUUCUUUCAUUGACUAAUCUAGAAAUUUUGGAAUCAGUCCUUUUGGGGGGAGUUUAUAAAUACAUAGUUUAGACUCCUAACAUCAAAUUUGUACUUUUUUGGGUUAAUGAGGUGAGAUUGAGACUUUCUUUCUUGAAACUUUAAGAUA